GAUGAGUUGGCAAGAUCAAAUUCAUAAUUGGGAUCCGAAAGAUUUUGGUGGUAUAAGAAAAUUAACUGUAUCACCACACGAUAUUUGGGUUCCUGACAUUUUCUUGUAUUCUAGCAUAUCCAGGAGAAACAUUGAAAAGGAUACCCUGGAUAUAAACAUACUCUUGGGUUACGAUGGAAUAUGUCAGUGGAUACCGCCAAUAAUUUAUCAAUCUAGUUGCGAAACUAAUAUGAGAGAUUUUCCGUUUGACGUUCAAAAUUGUAGCCUAAAAUUUGGAUCAUGGGUUCAUUCAAGUGAAUUUAUUGAUAUAAGAAUAGCGGAGAAUACACCUGUUGAUUUAUCUGAAUAUUUAGAAAACGCUGAGUUUACAAUGCUCGAAACUUUUGGUGUUAGAAAACUAAGUAAUUAUAGCUGCUGCUCUGAUACUUACAUUGAUAUCUUCUUUUAUUUAGUUCUUCGUCGUAAAAGUGAAUUCUACGUUCAGGUAUAUUUUUAA